AUGUCUACUAGAUCCACUACAUCUCCUAGAUCCGCUACGUCUCCUACAUCCCCCACAUUUCCUACAACUUUUAUUUCCCAAAUGUGGUUUAUUGCAAAAUUAACACUUGGUGGUAUUACAGAAUGCAAUCAACAAGAUUCAGGUUCAGAUGUUAGCUUUGCAUAUUCUUUUGCAAAUUCACACUUACCUAAACCCAAGACUACAAAUCCGACCAUGAUGAGAAAUGAAAGAAGACCAAGUUUAUCGUCGUUUGCAAGGCGCCGCAGUAUAGUUCGUGAAAGAUUUCUUAAACCAGUUAAAACUGUAGUACGAAAAAAGAGUGGAGAAAUCGUGAAACCAUCUCUUAAGGAUAAAAGUAAUCAAAAUGCGAAUACUUUUCAAAAAGUCGUACACUUCAACUCAAAACUAGAACAAGUUUUAUCAUUCAAAAAAAAUCAAAUGCCGAAAGCGAUUAGUUAUAAUAUAUUAAAAAGGACAAAAAAGAGCUCGGACGAUAGUGAUAAUUAA